AUGGGAGACCCAACUGCGGUAAGAGGGGAUAGCCUAAAGGCCUCGCAGAAAGCUGAGGAAGCAAGGUUGUCGGCCUCGCAAAGUGCUGAGGGUCACCAAAGGAAGCAGAAGCAGAAGCAAAAGCCCAAGAAACGGAAAGCGCACCCAAGAGCACCACCUAAGGAUCUACCACAGGAGUGGCAAAUGUUGUGUCAAGUGGUGGGUAGAUAUGAUGCUUCCAGUGAGGCUGCCGCACUCGAAGCCAUUGAGAAACUGGAAGAGCAGGAACUCAACCCGCUACAACAACGAGCAUGCCACGAAGUGCUUCGUUCCUUUGUGGAGCAGGACGCACAAUAUGCCAAGUGGAUCUUGGCAGAUGUGGCAAGUGGGUAUCGCCAAGAUGAUAAGGCCGAAUGCAUCAAAAUCACCUCGGCUAACAUCACCAGCUGGAGGAAACCCAUAGCGGCAUGGAUACACGAACUAGGACCGGACCUGGUGGUGCUGCAGGAAACCCAUCUCAAGACAGAGGGUAUCCAGCAAGCCAUGAGCCAUUGCCAAGAUAUGGGAUACACCUUCAUUGGCAUGCCAGGCAGUACAAAAACUAAGGGUGUACAAGGAGGCCUGGCAGUGGUGGCACCCCGACAUAGGAACCUGCGAUACCUUAUUGAGUAUGGGACAGGACCGGCGGGCUUCCUGGCAUGUGCCAUGAGAAAUAAAGGCUGGGAUUUGAUCAUCGUCAGUCUGUAUUUGGAGAGCGGGGUCGGAUUCCAGGCUCCAAACAAUAUCCAAGUACUGGCGAGACUGAUAGCCUUUCUCAAGGGCUGCAAAGUGCCAUAUAUGGUGCUGGGUGAUUGGAAUGAAGCCCAGGAUACCAUGAGGGGCACAACUCUGGCGACAGAAGUUGGUGGUGCAUUUGUUGGAGUGGGGGAACCAACGGCCCAAGGAUCGGACGAAAUCGAUUACGGGCUGGUUGCGAAAUGCUUGGUGCCCAUCCUUCAAGUGAAAACGGAUUGGGAAACCCCUUUUCGGCCUCAUGCUGCAAUGCAUUGGAGGGUGGCCCAACCGUGCAGUAGCCCUGAUGUUCCCCAGAUGAAGAAGGCGGGAGCACUGGUGACGGAGACUGUGGAAUAUGAACCAGUACAAAACACACAGAGCAUCAACAUCUUGGAUGAACCCAAGAUGGAAGAUGAGCUCAGUGAGACAUUUGCUCACCUGAGUGCCGGUGUGGAGAGGUCGAUCACAGGCCGAAUCGAUGGUAUGGGUGUUAAAUCGGAGAUUGUGCGGAAGAAAUUGGUGGUCAACAACCCGGAGAACGUUGUCUGGACGGGCAAGAGGGCGGCCUUUUGGAACCGGGUCCAACAAUGGGUCAAACAAGGCAGACAUCAUGGCGAUGCACAUCCGGUGGCGCGUCUGGUCCAACGCAGGCUCGGCGAGUAUUACGAGGGUGAUGCGCAGAACCAGGAGGAUAUGCUUGCGAGUAUCCUGGGCCGGGGUACGGACGCUAGGCUUGUUCUGAAGCGCAUCGACGAACAGCAAUGCUACGCGAGAAAGGCGGAUAUGGAGGAGACAGCCCACCAGUACAAGCAAUGGCUCAGUAAGGCCAUGGAAAAGGGCAUGCGACCAUUAUACAAUGCCUUGCGAAAAGAAGAACAAGUGGUACAAAGACCCUACAUGGAAUAUGACAUGCUGGAACGGCCACACAUUCGCCGAGACCACUGGGCGGCAGUGUGGACGACGGGCCAGCCGUUGGCAAAAUCGGCCUCGCUCAUGACGGAGCUUGAGGAUGCAGCCAAAAAACAAGCGGCCAGCGUGGAGCCGCUGAACCCUGUCGAGGUCAAGGCAAGGAUCAAAAAACUGGCACUAAAGAGCCCGGGGCCGGAUGGCUGGAGGAUUGACCAUUUGCAGGCCAUGGACGAUAAAGCAGUUGAAGCCGUUGUGUCCUUCUACCAUGAAUGUGAGGCCAAGGCAGCAUGGCCGCAGCAAAUGACAGUCUCCCUUAUAGCAAUGCUGCCGAAGAAUCUGACCCGGGAAAGACCAAUCGCCUUGCUACACAUCCUGUACAGGACUUGGGUCCGUCUGCGAUGGGAUUUGGUAAGUACUUGGCAGGCAGGCUAUGCCACAGCUGCCACGUACGACAAGGCAGUCCCAGGCAGUUGCUGCUUGGACGUGGCCGUCGGCAGACUACUGCGAAAUGAGGUGGCAAAGACAAAUGGAGUGCAUGUGGUGUCACUCUUUGUGGACCUCGAGUCCUUUUUCGAUACCAUCCAAUUUCAGCAAUUGAUCAUGGCAGCAACGGCCCUGCAAUAUCCACCGCUUAUCCUGAAGAUGGCACUGGAAGUGUACAUGGGUGCCAGAUACUUGGUGGCGGAUGGGGUGCUAUCGGCAGGCAUCAGAGCUACAAAUGGCGUGCAAGCGGGUUGCCCAGCGGCGCCAUCGUUAGCAAAGGUGGCAUUGCACCCGGUGAUAGACAAGAUCCAAAGGCGACGAGAUGUGGCAAACGUGGACUGUUGGUUGGAUGAUGUCUCAAUUGACAUCCAGCAUAAGUCCUUUAAACACGUGGCGGAUAGUGCCAUACGAGUCUACCGCAGCUUAAAGGACGGGAUGGAUGCUAAUGGUUUCACGAUUUCAUCCAAGAAGACAGGGUUUGUGGCCAGCAGUACCCAGGCGAGCAAGCACCUGCGUGAACUCCUGCUGCCUCAUGAGCCACAGGUGUACGACGUGAUGCGUGACCUGGGCGUCGAUAGUACAGGGGGGCGAAAGCGUCGCUUGGUGACGUCGGCAACGCGGGCCAAGAAAGCCCGUGCGAGACAUAGCAAACUGUCUAGGCUGGGGCCGCCGCCCAGCACUAAACUCCGCGUGGUCAAGGCAGCGAUCACAUCAGUUGCUUUGUGGGGGCACCCCUCUGUGGGGGUUUCACCCAAAAGAAUGAAAUGGCUCCGAACAGUGGUAGGAAAACACCUGGGUAAAUACAAGCUUGGGAGUUUGGAAACCAUCUUGGACAUGGGAGCCAAGAAAUGCCAGGAUCCAAAGCGCACAAUCCACAAGCAGCAUUUCAAAGUGGUGGCCAAAGUUUUCCGUGCAUGGAUUGGUGGCGGAAAAGCCCACUUUGACUUGGCCUGGAAAACCACUUGGAAGAGGUUGAGUGCGGCCAAACACCACUGGCCACUGGUCACGGGGCCGAUGGCUGCAACCAUGGCGUACUUACUGGAUCUGAAGGUAGAUGCCAGUGACCCAGGCAAAUGGAAGAGAGGUAGUGUCCUCAACGUUGAUUGGACCCAGCCACGCAUGGGUAGCCUCGCCUACAAAUGGCUUGAGGGAUUCCUGGAGGAACAGAAGCGGGCUGCGAUAGCGCGACAGGCAGGUGGCGCUGGAGCCCAAGAGGGGCUGGAUUGGACGCCGCAUCACAAGUUGACGAAGCUGGGAGGCCUCAGCCCAGGCCUUAUGGAAGGUAUAAAGUCAGUGUGGCACGCGGGCGUCAUCACGGAGUCCAAGCCAGGAUGGUGCAAGAAGUGCCAAAUGCCAGCAACUCUGGAGCAUGUCCUCAAAGAAUGUCCUUACUGGCGUGAACAAGGGUUCAAAGAACCCAAGCUCCAGGAAUACUUGCGUCACAAAUACCCAUGGGAGUGUCUGUGGACAAGGGCACUCCUGCCAAAGCCGGCGGUGUGGCGCCCGAAGCCACCGGAACACCUUUUAGGUCUACGUUACCAAGGAUGCUUUGCAGCAGAUGCAAAAGUGGAAGCGGAAGGCUUGAUCUUCGCCACUGACGCAAGUGGAGGUCCAGGAGGAAUAGACCCACGUGUACAAACAUCAGCCCUCGCAGUGGUGGCUAUGUCCUGGACAAAAGGUGUCCUGGUGGAAGCCGGACGGAUUACAGAGCUGGUCUACCCGUGGCAGCCGGUGGUGGACAUGGAGCGCCGUGCACUUUUCCGACUAAUGGAGCACACGGAGGAUCUGAUUGAUGUCACUAUGGAUUGCAAGCCGGCAGUCCAAGUGCUACAAAAAACACAACCGCCGGAGGAUGACCUGGAAUGGAGCAAAGUGUGGAAUGACAGGAAGCGUAUCAAGGCAACCUGGGUCCCGUCCCACAAAACUGAAGAGGAAUUCCUGGCGAAGAUGGGGCCGGGCACGUUGUGGCGACGUGCAGCGAAUGACAUGGCAGACAAAGUAUGUGGUGCAGUAGCGGCGGCUGCUUACAGCCCAGCGCACAAGAGGCGUGUCAAAGAGUUGGACAAUGUGGUGCGCACACUUUCCCUAGCGUACGGCGCACGCGCAGCCCACAUAUUGAGGACGCGCAAAGAAGAAGACUUCCCCUUCAUCCUGGACCAUGCCCAUUACAAAGAGAAGAUGGAGGCCUCGCAGAAAGCUGAGGGAUGCAAAAAAGAGCAGGGCAACGCCAAACUCAACAAACGCCAGCGGCUUUGGCAGUUGCUGAAAAACCCGGAGCGCGGGCAUCAAUGGGAGAAGGGCAGCGAACACCCCCGGAAUUUAACACUGAAAUGUCAACUGUGCGGGUUGUAUGUACAACAAACCCUCACGAACUUGGAGGUGGUCUUGGAGCAGUACUGCGUCAACCAGCCGGAGGCGCGAGUGCGUGAAGAGUGGGGUAUCCACCCCUCCCAUAAUAUGGUGAAUUUGGGAAUCCGUUGGGUUUGCACAAAGUGUGACCGAACACAUGCACCGGUCAGCCAGAAGUGCAAUAAAAGCCUGGCGGGGGAGUGCAAAUCGCGGACUUCUCAGGGCAAGCUGGCUACCCAAGCGCAAACCCUUGUCAAUGGUGGAAGUAUGAGCAACGUCCAGUUUCAACAGCCUCGCGUUCAGUUUGGUGGGAAACACGCCAAAGCUAAGAAUCGGCCGGACAAAGGCAAGGGCAAAAGCAAGAACAAGCAGAAGGAUCCGCCCCGAGAACGUUCCCCGCUUCGACAGGCCAGACACCCGGAGCAGCCUUGGGAUAGGGAAGAGGAGAGUGCUUCGGAAUCUCCGGUGGGUCCGGUACGCCUACGGGAGAGAGGAGAAGACAGAGCGGCCUCGCACCAAGCUGAGGGUGUCAAUACAGAGCAAGAGGCAAGCGAGCCUCGUACAGUCACGCUGGCGGAAGGGCCAGGAUAUGCUCUGGAUCGGCUAUGGGUCAUGAAACUGGCGAUGGAACCCCAGAGCUUUGGCAACGAAGCAGGGUAUGGGGAACAAUUCCCCACCCUGGUCACCAGGACCCUGUGGGCAGGAUGGAUUGGAGUCCUUUUCGACGAAGCGGUGGAGGGUUACUGCCACCACUACUUCUAUGGAAGUAUCAUCCGCAGGGCAGAGCUGUUCAGCACAUGGUGGCAGGAACAUCGCCAUGAAGCCGGGAUCCUCAGACAGUCCCUGUUUUACCUGGUGGCUAUAACGUCAUGGCUGACCAUGCAAGGAGUUGCUCUAUCGGAUGUCACGGUGAGCAACGUUGGGCGCGACCCAAUGUCAGGAUCGUUACCACGGGCAGUGUUCUUUGACACGGCGGAGUGGACGACGCUGCAGGAGGAUAGAUACAAGCUAUCAAGCGGCCUUGUACGCCUCCUGGAGCAGUAUGAUGAGGAGCCACUGGCAACCAUACGUGGAUUGGUCAGAACGUACGACGGUAAGGCCAGCGCGCUUUGGAUGGCGUGCGUAGGCAAUGUCGGGCCAUUUGCCCAGCACCUGCUGGAUGCCGGGAUUGCAAAACGAGGAUGGGAUGGAACCCUACUUUCGGUUCCGGCAACAGAGAUCCAGAAAAUCACGCUGGGCAUGCCACAUGACGAAGCUGAUGAGUGA